ACUCCUAAUCAGUAGGUGGCGGUAAUGCACCUAAAAGUUGUAUGCCAUCCGCCAUUAAACACCAAGAAGAAAAAGAAGAAGAAGAAGAAGAAGAAGGGGACUUUUGUUUUUGCGUUCUCCUGCGGUGUUCGUCUGUCUCGUCGGGGCUUCCGUAGGCUGAAGGCGCGCGUGUGGUGUGGAGUGAGUGAGUUACGCUGAUCUGAUCAGAAGGAUGUGUUCUCUCGGUGUGUUCCCGGCUCCGGUAACGGCUGCACAGACGCUGCUCGAGCGCAACAACGAGCUUCUGUCCGCGCUUCAUCCCGGAGAACACUCACAGCCGUGUGAUCUGCCCAGUCCUCAGUUCACCAGAGACACUCUGAAGGGUCACAGUCGUCCGGAGAGCAGCAGUAGAUCAGCCUUCCUGGACCAGAGAGACACGCUGUGGAUGAGGAGCGCUGGAGCCUGGCGUGAUGCGGGACUGCACGGUCUGUUAGAUGAGAUCACUAACAGCGCAGAGGAAGUGCCCAGGUUCCUGGCCGUCGGAUCCGCCUGCGUCCUGGCUCUGCUCAGAUGGGCUUCUUCAUUCCACGGCUCUCUGUUUCCACAUCUGACUCUGAGCAGUGACGAGAUGGUGGCAGAGUUUUCACAGAUGCUGGAUUGGUCUGACAGCGCUCUGAGAAGCUUCGCCUGGCAUCCGCACACUGAUAAGUUUGCUGUAGCUCUGCUAGACGACUCCAUCAGGAUUUACAAAUCUAACAGUUCUGCGACGCCGACGCUGAAGCACCGCUGCCAGAGGUCCGUGUGCGCUCUGCAGUGGAAGCCUCUGUGUGGCUCUGCUCUGGCCGUGGCCUGUCAGUCCUGUCUGCUCAUCUGGCACGUGGACCCCACCUCUCUCUCCACCAGGUACUGCUCAAACACCGCCUCCCUCUGGCACACUACUGUUUCAAAGCAGCUGUGGAGAAGACCAUCACGCCACACAGGCAGAGCGCGCAGAUCCGGUUUGAUGUGGUGUUUUUCCUGCAGCCCCAUCACCUCCAUCGCUUGGUCCCCCACCGGCUCCCUGCUUGUGUCUGCGUCUCCUGUCGACACAGCCAUGAUGGUGUGGGAUGUGGCAGCAGAGAGCGCUGUGCCGCUGCAGCGGGUGGGUGGUGGCGGCGUUACGUAUCUCUCAUGGUCUCCAGACGGUAGCCGACUGCUGGCAGCUACUCCAUCGGCUCUUUUUAGGGUUUGGGAGACGCGCAUGUGGACGUGUGAGAGAUGGCCGUGUCUGAAAGGCAGUUGUCAGUCGGCCUGCUGGAGUCCUGACGGUGGCUGUCUGCUGUUGAGUAUGCAAGGAGAGAGGGUCAUAUAUGCGCUCACCUUCUCCGAUCUCACAGGUGGUUCUAAAGCCGCCAGCGUGGUGGCUGAUCUCUCUGAGACCUCCUUCCCUGGACCUGAUGGAGACCUCACUGUCGGGGGAGAGGUGUGCUCUCUUUCAUGGGAUCCGAGAGGUGAAAGACUCGCCGUGCUUCUGAAAGGUGAUUCACAGGCGGUUAAUCACCCUUCAGUCAUAGCAGUCUUCAAAACGCGCUCCAGUCCCGUCUUUGAGCUGCUGCCGUGUGGUUUUGUGAUGGGAGAGGCUGGAGCAGAGCCUAGGUUCAUGCAGUUCCAUCCGCACUUCCAGCACGGCGCUCUGCUUACUGUGUGCUGGUCUGACGGGCGCAUCUCUCACGUGCCGUUUUACUUCAGCAGCGCUGGGCUUUUAGGAGGAGACUCACCGCAGCAAGCCCUCGCCAGCAACACAGCGGAUCAUUCCUCAAACAAACUGUACACUGAACAGAUUUCCUGAACACCUUCACUUCCCUCAACCGCUCACAUUAACCUGUCAGCUCUCAUUCUACUCUCAUAAACCUUUUUUACAGCAUAAUGUGUGGCUUGUGUAUUUGAAGAUAAACAGUCUUUGCAUUAUUUGGAUUUCCAUGUGCUGCUAAUUUGAAACAUUUAGGAGCGCAUAAAGUACUUUAGCGGUGAAAUUAAAUAAUUUGUUUUUCCUGUAAUAAAGAGAUAUGAGAUAUUUA